AGCAUUUAGAGGCCGGUCAACUUCAAGAGUAGCUAGUAUGCUAGCUUAGCUGUAGCAGACUUGUCUGUUUUAGGAUUUUACUGUGAUAUUCAACCUUGAAUUUACUUCAAUAUUUAGGGUUAGAGAUGGACAACAAUCAGCAGUCUAAAGAAAGCACGGACCGGUCCGACCUGGUUUCUGAGGACGGCAAGAACAGCAAAUCUGUCGUGUGUCAGCGUUGCGGAUCCAAGGUGCUAUGCCCGGGGAUGGCUGUGUUCGCAGAGAAAGAGCUCUUCUUACCAUCCAUGCGGAAAAAGAGCGGCCUCAGUGCCACAGAGGGCUCAGUGGACGGGGACACUCUGACCGCCCACUGGUUUGUGGAUGACAUGUAUACUUUUGAGAACGUGGGCUUCACUAACGACGUUGGGAGAAUCAAGUAUCUCAUCUGUGCAGAUUGUGAGAUUGGACCAAUCGGCUGGCACUGUUUGGAUGACAAGAAAAGUUUCUACAUCGCUGUGGAGAGGGUGAAUCAUGCAUAGUCAAAAUGCAUAUGUGAGCCCACAAGAACUUUGAAAAAAAUGUGUUGUCAGGUUAUGCAUCUUUUCAUGGAUUUCCACCCAGUGUUGACCACAACCUAAUUCAUCACAUACACACACACACACUCUUACAUACAUUGUGUACAUUGUUUAUAACAGGAUUGUGUCACUAUCAUUCUCCUCUGUCAUACUGGGAGCAGUAUGGCCAUCCUGUUGUAAUAAAGAUGUUUUUGGGGAAGCUGAUGUUGAAUGCCAUCCUGGAUAAUGUGAUGUAAGUUCAUUCGUCUCAAUCCGUUAACCAACUCAAAGAGUUCAGCUCCAGUUAGAUUAUUCAGAUGAAGACAUUUCUGUGUAUACUGUGUGUGGAAUCCAUCCUAACAUGAGUUAGUGCUUAUUUAAUUUACAAAAUAGUUGAGUACUUAAAUUAACAGAUUAAUUGAUUAAUAUUUAAAGUCAAUUAUUAAGUAAGAAAAUCAAGCAUUGCUAAUUCCAACUUCACAAAUCUAAAUAUUAUUGUUUUAUUUUGUUGGGGGGGUUAUCAUAAAUCUCCUUUGGGGUUUUAGACUUUUGGCCAAACAUAAGCAAUUUAAAGAACUUGUGAUGGGAAUUUUUUAUUAUAUUUUGACAUUUUUUAAGUUGAUUCACUGAAAUUAUCUUUGACAUAUUAAAUACUGUACAUAAUCA